AUGUCCCAGAGACACCAUUUCUACUACAGAUUUAUAGUCCUGAGCAAAGCAGAGAAUUUCUCAGAUUUCACUGCUGAGGCUGUGGCUGAUGACAGACGGAUGAGACACUACAAUACUGAAGCUAAAUACUGGAUAAUAGUCAGUCUGUUUGAAUAUGACGGGAUUGAACCUCUUCCAGAGCCAUAUGAGCCUAGAGACUGGUACAAAGAUCAGCUAAAGAUUCUGUCAAAAAGCACAAAGUGUUCUGAGAUGCAUGUUCUUCAGAGAAUAAUUGGCUGUAAACUGGAGACAUUUUCUAAUGGAACAUUGAUGAAUCUGCCUGUCUUUGAUGAAUAUGGAUUUGAUGGAAAUGAUCGUAUGGCCUUUAAUUAUGACACUCUGCAGUGGAUUGAUAAAAGUCCAAAUGCAAAAGAAAUCAAAAAGGAUUGGGAUCGUCACACAGAACGCAAACAGUACUUGUACCAAUACCUCAAGACCUGCAUGGACUGGAUCUCCAAAUUUAACAACACAAAUAAGAGUCAACCAGAUGUUCAUGUCUUUGCAAGGAAAUCUCCUGAUCACAGUAAACUGAAUCUGAGCUGUCUGGCCACUGGUUUCUACCCCAGAGAUAUUGAGAUGAACAUCAGAUUGGACAGAACUGUCUGUGAAGUUACAAGUGGGAUAUAUAAGCAAAAUAGCCCUAAUUCUCGUGCUGGUGUUUCGCCGAAAUCUGAGCCGGUGAAGGGCUGCUGUUCGCGGGGGAACUGCGAACCUCAGACCACCGCCUCGCGUUUCACUCGUAGCUGA